AUGGAGGAGCUUUUGCACUUCACUCAUGAGCAUAUGCUCAGCCUUGUUCGUUUGCAACCUGCUAGCCAUGAUAAUGAAAACUCUGAUGAUGAUGAUGAAGAAGAGAAAGAAGAAGGUGAGGAGGAGGAUUUUGUGGCUGAAGAGAAACAUGUUGGACAGUGCAAAAUGUGUAAGGAAGGGAUCUACUCAUUCCAUAUGAGUUACUACAAGUGUAAGGAUUGUCAUGAUGACUACUUGUUGCACCAAUUUUGUGCAGAAAUGCCAAAAACCCUACAAAACCACCCAUCACAUGAUCCCCAUCCCUACCAUAAUCUUACCUUGUCUAAAGGAUUCUUUUGGACACAUGAUCCAAAAUUAAUAGAAUGGACAUGCAGUGUCUGCAAUCUUAUGCAAAAGGAAUUAUUCCAUUACACGUGUGACAUUUGCAAAAUCAAUAUGGACAUAAUAUGUGCUACUAUGUCUCAACAAAAGAUGGACCACCCAAGCCACCCUCACCAACUGCAACGUAUGGCCAAGGAGUUGGUAUCACGUUGCAGUGCUUGUGGCGAAAAACAUCAAGGGACCUUCUACCACUGCACCACUUGUUCUUGGUACUCCAUCCACUUAGAUUGUGCUUUGUUGCCUGCAAAGUUACUCAUCCAACAACAUACUGAUGCCACUUUCACUCAUUCUCAUCCACUUACCCUUGCCUAUUCCUUUCCUGUAAUUGAUAUAGUAGCUAAGUACUAUCCUACAUGCAGAGUUUGUAAGAAGUACUUCGAUAGUUACUUUUGGCUUUACAAAUGCGAUAAAUGUCAAUACUAUGCCCAUAUUAAUUGUGCGACUUCAAUGAGAGAGCCAUUUAUGUCAAUCUUCUUACAUCCAGGUGGUGGCAAGACUUACAAAAAUUUCAAAGACGACGAUUAUCCUAAUCUUCUCCAUUGUCCCUUUCCGGAUGAAAGUUACAACCUUCUCAGACACUAUUUUUUAAAUAAUAAGAAAGAGUUUAUUACUAUGAUUAAAGAAGAAGAGCAUGGCGGAGAAAUGCUCAACCAUUUUAGCCAUAAACACCCACUGAUUCUUUUAGACACACACACACAACAAACAUCAGUACUAAUUGUUCUUCACAGCCCCAUGAAGAAAGUUCAAGUAUUAUGUGACGGAUGUUUGAAACCAAUUACGGAAAUGCCAUUUUACAAGUGUUCUGAAAUAAGUAGUUGUGGUUUUGUUCUUCAUGAGUGGUGUGCCAGGCUACCUUCCAAAAUACAUGACCACCCGGGCCAUCCACAGCAUGCACUUGUUCUCAUGUCAAACAACCCUCGUCAAUUAUUGGGUUUAUUUUACUGUGACAUUUGUCUUUUAUUUUGUAAUGGUUUUGCAUAUGGAUGCACUGCAUGUAAGUAUUAUGUGGAUAUCAAUUGUGCAUUCCUACCUAAAGAAAUCACACAUGAAGCUCACCCAGGCCAUCUCCUCUCAAGAAUCAAUGCUUCUCCAGCUGAUUUAUCAAAAAUAUAUUGCAAUUCAUGUAAGUGUUACCUGAAAAAUUGCAAUAUCGCUUUCCAUUGCCCCUCCUGUGAUUUCUACUUGGAUACGGAGUGUGCUUUCUUGUUGCCUGGAGUGAUGAGGCACCAGUUCGAUAAGCAUCCAUUGAGCCUAAGAUACAAUCCAGUUGAGAACCACCCCAGCGACUACUUCUGUGAAAUUUGUGAGGACAUAUUUGACCCUAACAAGUGGUUCUAUCAUUGUAGUUGUUGUGCCCAGUCUAUGCAUCCUGCUUGUGCACCCUUAAUCCUUGGGUGUGAGCAACAUGUAUAUGAAAAAAAGUAUAGAAGACGCGUCUUUCGUUAUCUCAAUGUCAAGUUUGGAGGAACAGUUGAGAUCAAAAGACUUCACCCACAUCGGCUAUCCUUUCUUCAAGGGAUUCAGUCCCAUGGUCUGUGCAAAAAGUGCACCAAAGAAUUACAGUACGAUAUGAUCUUCAAGUGCUUGGAGUGCGAGUAUUCAGUUCAUUGGAAUUGUCUUUAAUUUAAUUAUUUGGCAAUUGAUCAAGUUUAGUCCUUGAUGCUUGGUCUUACUAAACACGUGUACCUUUAUUAUUUGUAUCUUUAAAUCAUUCAUUUAACUAGGUUAUACCACGGUUGAUAUUUUUAUAGUUAUUAUAAAGACAAAAACAAAAUAUAUCAACAAAAAAUAUAGCAUAAUAUUUAUUGUAAGAAAACAUUAAAUAAU